AUGGGAAACUGGGAGGGGACUGGUGGCCUGCACCAUGAAGAGGCUGUAAAGGCAGAAAGAGCAUUACAUACAAUGGACAAAAAUGUUGGAGACAUGAUAUCGUGUAAAAUAUGGUAUUCAAAGAAUAUGUCGACAAAUACUGGCGCCGCCGUUAAUGAUCCCAGGGUGAAAAAAUUCAGUAAGGCAGCCGGUGACGUGUUCACUAGGCAGCACAUUGAGGUGAAGAGGCGUAUCGAGGAGGAAAUGGAAGAGAUGCAGGAAACGUUGAAACAUAAGUCCAACAAUAUUUCUACAUAUAUUUAUGACUCUAUGCACACCGAAGAGGAUAAAAUCGAGUCAACCAAAAGGGCCGUGGAUGCGACGAAGACGUUAGAUGAGACGCAGGUUAGGACGCCGGUGCCGUGCAAUGAUCCGAGGAGUACACAGGUAUUAGGGUGA